CCACAGGAAGAGGUUAAAGGAGCAAGGAAGAGCAGGUCCUCCAGCAGCCUAGAGAGGCAAAGAUUAAAGAGCUGGGUUGGCAGCGCGCUGUUUCUUGUCACGAUCGGGCUGGCCGCCGUUCGGCAAUGGGCGCCCGGGAGGAGGAGUUCGGCCCUUCGGCCCUGGGCACCAAAGAGCAUUGGGAUGCAGCAUAUGAACGUGAACUGAAAAAUUUUAAGGAAAAUGGUGCUCCUGGUGAGAUCUGGCAAGUGUUUGGUGAAGAAAGCAUGACUCGUUUAAUUAGAUGGAUAGAAAAGCAAAAGAUACCCCUGGACAGCUCUGUGCUUGACAUUGGAACAGGAAACGGUGUUCUGCUGGUUGAAUUGGCCAAAUCUGGUUAUACCAAUCUUACAGGAGUUGACUAUUCAUUGCCUGCAGUGCAGCUUUCAAAAAGCAUAAUGGAAAAAGAAGGGUUGCCUCACAUUAAGUUGCAGGUAGAAGAUAUUUUAAAUCCAUCAGAUGCAUUAUCAGACUUUCAGGUUUGCAUUGAUAAAGGGACUUUUGACGCAAUCAGUCUGAACCCAGACAAUGCGGCACAGAAGAGGAAGCAAUAUGUGAAUUCCCUGCACAGAGUGUUGAAGCCUGGAGGCUUUUUCAUCGUAACGUCUUGUAACUGGACCAAAGAGGAGCUGCUCAAAGAGUUCAAAGAAGCAGGCUUUCUUCUUCUGGAGGAACUGCCAACACCCACAUUCUGCUUUGGAGGAAGAACUGGAAACAGUGUAACUGCUUUGGUUUUCCAACAGAAAAUAUGAAGUUUUCUUUUUAGGUGAACUUUGGAUAAAGACUUCAUUCUAAAUUUCACUGACAUUUUGUAUAAAAAAUACAGGUUUCAGAAACAGCUUUCUCUUAA